GUUGCUUUAGAUUUGUGCAGCCAAUUUGUGUAAGAAGAAACAAGUUUCCACAGGCUGUUUUCUUGUAGAUGGCCGCCGUGACCGCUAAUGCAUCUGGAGACGCACAAAUUGACAAUAUUUCUGCUGGAGUCGACACUACAAACGCACAGGUUCGCUUUUUUACGUUGGUAAACUUGUUGUAGCUUUGUAUUAUGACCUCUAGUUCCCAAUGUCAUAGUAUUACUUUAUUUUUGCUUCUGUUAUUGAUAAAACGUUAAAUGUAUGUUUCCAUGGGCGAUUUUUAAUUAUUUAUCACUAGUUAUUUUUUGCGUAACCUUUUUAUAUGCUAAAUGUUGCAGUUAAUGGUUUGAAAUGAAUGGGUAAUUUUAAAUUGUAUUUUUUUCUAUAAAAAUGCUUAAUUGUGAUCGAUGUCCACCACUGAUUUAUAAAUCACUUGUAAAAGGUUGUGUUUACUUUGUGUGCAAUGCAGAUAUUUAUAUAUAGACCACUGUUUCUGCAUAAUUGAUACACUUUAUGGUUUUUCUGUUAAUAUAUAUCAUGCCUUUUUACUUUGCACAAUUUCUGAAAAUAUUGCCAUUAGUCUAAGUUGUUAAAUAUAAUAUAACCAAACCAGAUUUGUUUUGUAUCUUUCAAAAUAAUCGUUUUAAUUCAUAGUAAAGUUAUUUUAAAUCAAAUUUGUGUGGUAAAUUAAAUGCAGUUUUCUAAAAAGUUGUUUUCGUAACAAUUAUGUUGAAAUGUCUAUUAAAUUGCUUCUGUCAGNCAUAUAUGUAACCUUUACCUUUAUCUGAAGGUCUUUUGCGCAUUAAUAUAAGUUUAUACCAGAAAAAAGUAGACUGUUAUGCAAAAAAGCUACUGAAUAAGUUUUGUUGUAACUUGUAACCACAAACGGCUCUUUUUUUGUGAAAAUGCCACCGAAUUUUUGCUCUGCGAAUUAAAACUAAAUGUUACAAACUAUCAGUUAUAUUUACCAGCGGUGAUGAUAAUACCUGGACGUGAUUUAUAAUGAUGCAUGUUGUAUUCAUACUGUCUGAGCUGGUUUCUUAAUGGUCACAUUUUUUAGGGGAUUCUAUUAGCACCAGAUGCUGUAGCAGGUCUGACAUAAUGUUUAUUGUUUAAUCCAAGCAGCUUACAGAAGCCAAGGACAAUCACUCCACUAAUUCCCCUGGGCCUAUGGGAGACGCCCCUAACAAGAGACCCUUAGAAGAUGGUGAAGAACCUGGCCCAAAGAAACUAGCUACUCCUCAGACGUCUGCUGCAAACAGUGAACAAAUAGAAUUCGAUAACCUUGGAAUGCAACAAAAUCCAGAUAUAAUGUCAGAUACGAUCAGAUUGCCAGAUGAUCUUGUGGGAUUAAUUAUUGGUAGGGGAGGGGAAAACAUAAUGCGAAUGCAACGUGAAACUGGAUGUAGGAUUCAAAUCACGCAAAGUAUUCCGGGCACCAAAGAAAGACCAUGCACACUGUCGGGCACUCAAGAACAAAUAGAAGUGUGCAGAAAUAUGUUGAAUGAAAUAAUCUCCCGUUCACAAGCGGGCACACUGGGCAGCAACUUUAAUCUUUCACAAGGUGGCUUGGGGGGUAUGGGGGACGGAGGAAUGGAGAAAUCUAUCGAGAUCGCUGUCCCACCCGACAAGUGUGGUCUUAUAAUUGGAAAAGGUGGAGAAACAAUUAAAAUGUUGCAGCAAAGUUUGGGGGUUAAGAUGUUGCUGAUUCAGGAUUCUACUGAUAACAUCGGUCAGAGCAAACCACUGAGGAUAACUGGUCCACAACUUAAUGUUGAUAAUGCAGUGAGUGCAGUUCACCAGAUGAUGGCAAACCGUGACCAACAGAUUGCUCAGCAGAAGAUGGAGAGAGAUGGAGGCGGCGGUGGUGGACAAGGGGGCAUGGAUCCCAAUAUGUUUGGAGAUGAUGUGAACAAAACCAUCAUCCCAGUUCCCAAAGCUGCCGUUGGAGUAGUGAUUGGGAAAGGCGGGGACAUGAUCAACCAAAUCCAAAACGUCACUGGAACCAGAGUUCAGUUCAAACCAGAGGAUCCUACUUUACCUGAACGUAUGUGCAGCGUGAUGGGACCAAAGGAAGGAGUAGAUGCUGCUAUUAGAAGGAUCCAUGAGAUUAUACAGAACGUACAAGAACGUGAUGCAGGUAACAGAGGAGGCAGUGGUGGUGGAGGAGGUGGCAGUGGGGGAGGUCAUCCUGGUGGAAUGGGAGGAUUUGGCCAGUGGGAAGGACCAAACAUGGGUCGGGGUGGUAGAGGCAUGGGAAUGGCAUCUGAGGAACACUUGGUGCCUGCUAAUAAAACUGGACUGGUAAUUGGAAAAGGUGGAGACACCAUUAAACAAAUCAACAUGCAGUCUGGUGCACAUGCUGAGAUACAGAGAAAUCCUCCACCUGGUUCAGAUCUCAAUUACAAAACUUUCAUCAUCAAAGGCACUCCUGAACAAAUUAAAAUGGCGCGCCAGUUGAUCCAGGAGAAAGUUGACGCUGGUCCAGGUGGUUCGAGCAAUGGACAGAUGCACGGUGGACACAUGGGAGGCCAACCACCUAUGAGUAACUUUGGUCCACCACCACACCAGCAGGGAGGGUAUGGUGGUCUCCCACCAGCAGCAGGAUAUGGACAUCCAAGCCAUAACCCAUUGCAGGGGCCACCUCAGGCUCCCCAAGCACCACAGUCAUACCAGCAACCAUGGGGUAAUCAAUUUCAGCAAUGGAAUUCACCAACUGUGUCCGCUCCACAGCAAAACGGUGCUGAUCCAACGAAACCUGUGGCUGAUUCUAGCAAUGCUGCAGCUUGGCAGACGUACCUUCAAAUGUAUGGAGCACAAGCACAAGCAUACCAACAACCUGCUGCUGCUGCUGCAGUUUCCGCUGCACCUGCUUCACAACCAGAUUAUUCCAAACAAUGGGAUGAAUACUUGAAACAGAAUGCUGCGGCAGUUGCAGAACAACGUCAACAACUUACUUUGGCCGCUCCAGCCGCUGCUGCUGCCAUUCAACAACAACAGGUAGCUGCUCCAGCUGCUGCUGCACCGGCUGCCUCUGCUGCUGUUCAACCAGCUACCACUCAGGCGGCUGACUAUUCUGCAGCAUGGGCCGAGUAUUACAGACAAUACUACGCCAUGCACGGACAAGCAGGUUAUGCGGCUGCUGCUGCCGCUGCUGGACAAGCCCCAGCCCCAACGUAAACAUUUCCAGUAUCACUGAUCACCAUUGUAAAUAUCCAAGAUGCAGGCCCAGAAGAUCCCUCCUAUGUACAUAGUCUCUACUUUUGCACAUAACUUCUUCCCGUCCGAUGCUUUUUCACAUCCCUUGUAGAGCAGCAAUGUUUUACCCCCACACGGUGGCGUGCCAACCCAACCAUCUCAUACUCCUUGCAGCACAAUCGUGCCAAACCAUAGCAAUCCCUAGGUGGUUGCAUUCUCCAUUUCAGAGCACCCGUGCCCGGUGCAUAAGCCGCUAGCUUUGGCAAAGACAAUAGACAUUAAUUUGCAUGCUUUGCGCAAUCUUAAGCGCAACCAUGGGUUCCGCAUCUUAUGUGUGGAGGGUUCAGCCCAAACCUUGCCAUACAAAGUUGAUGGUCCCUUACGAUGUUACUAGCAACAAACUUUUUAUAGUUGUUGACCACUGCACACCUAGGGUUGUUGAUAUGUUAGCAAUAACACAGAGUGCACAACAAACAUACGCAAAUUAUCUUAAGUUCACACCAUGUACAUUGAUGCAAGUAACAGAUAUCCAUUGUACAGUUGUUUGUGUUUUUCGGAAUAUGUGUGUACGUGUGUUUUGAGUGUUAAAGUAUUGUCAUCGCCUUGAAAUCGGUUAAGAGUAUUUUACCCCUAGGUGCAAAAGUAGAUUGCGUUUAUGUGCGUCGCCCUCUCUGCGAAAACCACUGUCAAAUCGAAUCUCAUUUCAGCGGCUUUAGUUCACAUUUUAAACUCGUCGUCGUCGUAGCGUUAACUUCAUUCAAAUCGACCAAUUAAAUUUUUUCUUUCAUAACGAUGCUUUUUAUUGCUAUAUCCUCAUUCAGUUUAUCGCAACCGUUUCAUUGCAAUUCUACCCGAUGCUUUACUUCGCCCAUGUUUUUAGCAGCAGAUGCACUUGAGCAACUAAUUGUAAUACGAACCCUUGAAGCGAUUUCUUGUCAAUGUUUUUUGAAGGUGUGAGACAAAAAUGUUAAGUAUUUUGUAUGAACUGCGCUGCUACUUCUGAAUAAUUAAACGCACAUAUUUUAUCAUGUUGAACCCACACGUUUUUGCUUAUGGUUUUGAGAGCGACGUACCUGUAACAUACAUUCGAAAAUGUCUUGUGUUUAUCUGUAAUGUAUAUAUUACAUAUUUACUUUUAUCAUAAAUCUAACCUAAAUCAAUAUUUUUGAUUUCUAACAAUAUUUUCAGUUAGUGGUAUGCCCUAAACUUGCUUAUAACGACAUGUCUUAUUGUGUGUGCCUUGUGUGCUUUGUCCUUGUUUGCAUUAGAUCUGAUGAUAUCGUCUACAACUGAAGUUACAUCCCCAUAACUUUGUGGUGCGCCCAGCAUUGGGCUUUGUACAUAUUGUGGUGAACUUUCAUUCCUUCAACUCGGCAGGUAUCCUGUCAACACUUCGUAAAACUAACUCGCUUAAUUUCUAAUUUAAAAUGUUAAUAUUAAGUUACUUGCACCUGUGUUAACCACCUGUUGCCCCAACCCUUCUGCGUAAUCACACAUCGGCAGUUCACAUCCAGCUCAAACCGGUUCUCCCAAUUAGAGAAUUCAAAAAAAUUUAAAAGGCUCUUGCUGGCAGUCUUAUAUGAUCCAGUGCUUCUACCUUUGCGUGCGUUUUACAAGUUAGCAUCGCCGCCGCGUUUUUAUUUUGACCUUCCUUUUUUAUUAACUGACAAACAUUCAUCACGUAGUUUCGAUAUUUUUUAACAAAUUGUCGAUUACCCGCAUUUUGUAGUUGCAUUAAGUUAUCGGUGUUUCAGUUCAUAGCGCCAAUUUUCAAUCAUCGUAAACUGUGUUCAGUUGUGUCGCAAAGUUAUGCAAGCGAGUCACCUCCAAACGUUAAUUUGUCGUAAACUUUUCUACCCGCCAUGAAUAAUUCAUUGAUGAUCCUUGUUGUGUUUCUUAAACUUCCGUUUUACUUAGCGCCUAAUGUACACAUGAUUGACGCGGAUUAAGUUUUUUUUCUUUUCUUUGGUGGUCUUGUAUUAUCAGCAAUGUGCCCUGUUUUUGCGCGUGUGUUUUGUUAAAUUGAUUCGAAUUUGACGUUCGCCGCAGUUUUAACACGCAUAUCACUGUGACCGCUUCUGAAAUUGAUCCACCUUUAACUUUUUCGCUCGGUAAUGUUGCUGUUAUUCCGCCGGUUUUAGCCAUUCGUUCUCACCGUUAAACGUGCGCAACUGUAAUUUAUUCCUCCAAUGUCACUUUAAACUAACGUCGCGAUGUAUUGUGCAACUGCCAGCGCCAGCCUUCACAUGGAACCGGUUUGAGCUGGUGUAAACUGCUGCCACGUUUUACAAUUCACUUCAGCUUAGUGUUGUAUUAGCCAUUCUCAACUGUACUCAUAGUUGCCAGUACUAUUUGAUUCAAGCACUACUAAAUAAAUGUGCCGGCUUGCGUUUAACCUGUUAACUCAUUCAUUUUGUGUACUUCCUAAUCAAUAGCAUGCUUGUGUAUCAAACCUUAUCACCAUGAGUGUUCAUGUAGCUGACUGCCGCUCAAUCACAGAAACUGAUGUUAGUGUUAAUAUAGUCAUCUGUUGGUACUAUUCACUGGUUAUUUCAUUUCUGUACAAAUUAAAUGGAAAGCGCGUUUAAUUUUAAAUUAAUGCUAAUAUUUCAAAUGCUUAUUAGUGUGUGCGUGUUUGUAUCCGUUUCUUCCUAAUUUUGUGGCUCUAUAGUUACCUUUCAAUAGUUUUGUGUCCUUGUACAAAUACACCUGCUACAUGCUA